AUGCAAUAAAUGUUCAAAUAACAAUAAGCUUAAUAAUUUUUAGCACAAUAAUUUUCUAGCAAACCUGAUAAGAUCAAACUUUCAAAUUUGAUUCCUACACAGAUCAACGAGAACUUUUUUAACAAAAAAACCAAUGAUGUCAUGGAAAAGAAACCUUUAUCACCAAGAUCAAGCAAUUAAGCAACUAAACCGUCUUAAAAACCAUCCCAACAAAUUGCCAUUCAUAAAUCCAACACUUCCUUGCAAAAUAAAAGUCAUAUUGUAAAUGAAUAAUUCUAAGAGAAAUUGAACCAAUUUAGUAAGAGGAGAGAUUAUUCACCCAAUUCCCAAUUAAGCAACUAUAAAAAAAGCGAGGAAUUCAUAUAAAGGAGACCUUCUUCACUUGUGAACGAAGAAUAUUCAGCUACUCCUUAAAUUAACAGAUUUAUAGCAAAAUCUCCAACCCCAUCCGAAAUAUAAGAAAGCGUGGCAUCUCUACUAUAAAACCAUUAAAGUAAUAAAUUCUUAUGUUAAUUCAAGCUAUUCAAUCUCCAAAGGGUUCAAAUUCACAAAAACCAAAGACUAAUCCAUUGCAACUGGGACCUUACUUGUCAAUCCAAUAGUAACAACCAAAAUCAAGCCAUAAAUUGAAAGGGCAUAGUUCAGCCAAUUCAGUCUCAUAUAAUUUGAAACCAAAUAUUCUAAAGAAAUGCGAUUUCGGAAUGAAUCACACACCAACCAAAGUUACAACUACAACUUUAAACACAGAACAUAGUAAGAGUAAAUCAGUUUUGGAUGAGCAAUGCAUUAGAAUGAUAUAUUAUGACAGAGAAAAGGAGAAUGAUAUGAAUUUGUUAAACAUUGGUACUCCAAGUACUUAUUUGCAUUCUAAAAUAUCGAUUGAAUAAUAAAGUGUAAAAUAUUAACAUUGAUAAUAGGUUGGUGAAAGUUUAAAUAGCAAAUUCCAUUAAGCCAAAACAUUAACUUAAUAAUCACCAUAUCAAAAUACUAGUGGAUCUAAUGAUCACCUACAGGAAUCAUUUCCUGUUAGAACAUGCAUUAAUCAUAGAACCAAGAAGGCUAAAUACUUUGUUGAUGAACAUCAAAAAUAGACAUUCUAUUGUUCACAAUGUGCUAUUGUUGUUGCUAGUCAAGGCAAGAUUGUACAAGAUUUAAGCCAAUUGAUUAUCAAGUCGUAAGAAUCCUAAAUAUUAUCAUUUUAAUCAAGUUCAGUAGAUUCAAAUAGACAUUCUAAUUCUUUAGAUGUUAAUUUCAAGGAAAGAGAAUUAAGUGGAUUCUUAACUAAAUUGGAGUACUCAAAUUCUCAAAGAGGCGAUAUGUUAAAUUAAAUGCAAAAUCAAAUUGAAAAAGUUAAUGCAUGGUAUGAAUCUUAAAUUGGAAAAUGUCAAUAGUCCAAACAAGUAAUGCAGCAGAUAAUUAAUGAUGCUUGCAAUAACAGCACUCAGAUACUGUAGAAUUAACGAUAAGAAUCUUUAAAAUAAUUAUCUAACUUAUACUAUGUAUUACAGUAGCAUUAAUUGGAUGCCUAAAAUAUCAAAUAGGAUAUUGAAAAGAAUUGGACUGAAGUCUUAGAAGAUAUAAGGAUGGAGCCUUUCAGGAAAAUCAUGGAUUAUUAUUAGUCUGAAUUUGUGAAAAUGAAUGAAUUCCAAAUUCAGUUACUAUCAUCUACUAUUCAAAUGAAGUCUUUGGCGAAAACAGAUAUGCAGUCUGCUUUAGCUUUAAUUGUGUCUAAGUAUUGACUUUCUCUAAAUAUUAGUUUUCAAUUAAGUGAAUCUGAACAGCAAUUAAUUCUGCAUAACAAUUCAAUUUUCAAUCAAACGAUUAGAACAUAGCCUACUCCUCCUAAGAAACGAACUGAUACUGUGGAAUCUUAAAUCAACUAAUCAAAUUAGUAAUAGAGAGUUAAAACCGAUUACAGUGGAUCCAAAACACAACCACAAAACAAUGAAACUCCAUCUAAUUUUUACUAAUAUUUUAAUGAUACAAAUAUUUAUUAACUAAGUGCUUCCAAACUAUAAUAAUAACAAUCACAAUAACAAUAACACCCAAAUAAAAACAAUCUUUAUAUUUCUUUUGAAAAUAAAGAUAUAUUUAUGAAUAUUUUGGAAUCUGAAAAGAAUUCCAAAUAAAGCAUACAUGAAGACAAAUAAUCUGUCACUUCCAAUCCUAUUAUGAUUUUAGAGAGUUACAGAGAAUCCAAAAGAAAUAUACCUGAAGAAGAUUAACAAUUAAGCGAUCAUGAAUCACCCAAAUCCACUCCUCACAGUCCUGCCAGUGGAUAGACUAAACAAUCAGUCUAAAGAACAGCCACAAAAUUAGAAGAGCAUGCUCAAAUACCAAAGGAUGCUUUCUAAAAAUAAAAAAGCACUUUCAGAACUCUAUUUGAUAAUACUGAAGAUCAAUAAAAUAGUGAAGUCCUCCAGAAUGAUUCGAGUGUCAGUCCUGCUAAAAGUGAGAAAUUCCGAUCUAUUCUAAACAAAAUCUCGAAUAAUCAAUCCAAAACAUAAUAGUAAAUUAUCCCAUUUAUUCCUUUAUAGAUUUUAUCAAUAGAUGAUUCAAUCUAGUCAAAAGUUUGUGUUAGAAACACCUGACAUUAAGAAAUACGAAUUAUAAGGAGUUUAAUGUUUAUAAUAUCUACAAGACACUGAAACAUGUAAGAAGGCUAUUUUAUCAAAUAAAUAAUCUUAAUUGAUGGAUUCAGUUCAAUAAAUGAAUCUGUGUGAUGAUCAAUAAGAUCCAAGUGAAUUCGAGAAUGACGAAGACAAGGAAGUGCAAUAGAUGUUUAGUUCUAAAGAAAUGAAACAUUUCAGUGAUUAAAAGUAAAUGACAUAUCCCAGUGAGUCAAGUCAAAAUAAUAGUCAUGUGGAAAUACGAAAAGACUAAUAUCAAAAAACACUGUUUUGUUCCCCACAAUUCAAGGAUUAAGACAUUUUGAAUGUAUCUGAAAGCAGUGGUGAUUCAAAUUGA